UGCGCACGCGCGGGAGGAGCAGGAGGUCAGGAGGUUUUCCCGCCCGUCCGGCACCGCGGGUGCGUCUGUGGGGACCUUUGUGGGGCAGCGCUUCGGCACCCGUCCGCAUCCCCGAGGAGUCGGGAGAGCUGCCCUCCUCGGGGAGCAUAGUCUGGAUUUUUACUCUUCAGUUAAUGCUACAUUACAGUGACUAUCCUAUUGACCUUCAUCUGGGUCAAGCAACUGGAGAAUCAAGCUAUAACAACUGCGGAAAGGAUUGGAGCAAGAAAAUGUGAGCUAUUCCUCCCCCUCUUUCCUGCCAGAUUGCAAGAGGACCCUCCUGUGGGUGUCAGUGGUGCACCAUCUGAGAAUAAUAUAAUGCAGUGGAAUGCAGUUAUAUUUGGGCCAGAAGGGACACCUUUUGAAGAUGGUACUUUUAAACUAGUAAUAGAAUUUUCAGAAGAAUAUCCAAAUAAACCUCCAACCGUUAGGUUUUUAUCAAAAAUGUUCCAUCCAAAUGUUUAUGCAGAUGGUAGCAUAUGUUUAGAUAUUCUUCAGAACCGGUGGAGUCCGACAUACGAUGUUUCAUCUAUUUUAACUUCAAUUCAGUCUCUGCUUGAUGAACCUAAUCCAAACAGUCCAGCAAACAGUCAGGCAGCACAGCUUUAUCAGGAGAACAAACGUGAAUAUGAAAAAAGAGUUUCAGCUAUUGUCGAACAAAGUUGGAAUGAUUCGUAACAGCUGCUUUGUUACUCUCCAUCCUCGUAAUCAUUAUGUACAAUUUAACUCUUAAUAGAAAGGCUACCAAGAAUUUCAAGUGCCACAGCUCUAAGAAUUUGCAUAAAAACUCAUUUGCAAACAGAAUUAAGCCCUCCAGUUUAGGAAACUUAAAAGCUUGUGUAUCUUGAUUAACGUACUUCUUAUUGCAUGGUAUGAACUAAGUUAUUGCUACAUAAAUUUGUAAUAUAUCCUGUUUGUAUUUUUUUUUCCAAGUGUAUAAUGUUGGUGUGGAGUUUUCAUGACAGAAUAUACACAUUUUGUAAAUCUGUACUUUUUCAAAUAUUGAAUGCCUUAUUUUUGAAUUCUUUAGAUUUUUAAAUUGGAGAAAAGCACUUAACAAAGUUUUUAUAUAUAAAUACUUCAUGUAAAACUGUUAAAUACAUAACCUCAGUGCAAGACACUCUUCUCUCAUUCUGUAUCUCUUUCAAAAGGCUUAUUUUUAGCCCAUUUUCCCCUUUGCUACAUGCCAAUUAUACCAUGCACUUUACAAACAGAAAAGGUAAUCCAUUAUGCAACUGUCUUCUCUGUGGGUAUCUCUGCAGCUGCAGCAGGCUUUAACUUGAUUCUGUGUUCCUCAGUUGUAUGAGGGAGAGAAGUGUUGGUAGCUCCCACUUUGUAAAUGGGGAAACAUGACUAUUUGGCUGAAAGUUCCACUACAAACUAGCAGCAGAAUUGCAAACAGGAGGUGGAUCACCAGGCUUUGGUAAUAUAUUAACUUUUAUUUUUCAGGGAGAUUGUAUUUUAGCAAACUGUAAAAUAUUGUCAACUAAAUCUGUCUUAUAUUCAUAUAUUGAUAUUGUAAUAUAGUCCUGAAUAUCUUCUAAUAAUUAAACAGGUAUUCCAUUA